AUGGCAGAACCCAUCUACCCAGAAUUCGGAAACAGGACAUGGAACCAACUUGCCUACAAUCUACUACAAGAGCUCAGACAAACCGCUACCGCAUUCGCGGGGCCUCCAGAAGACCCCACCUACUACGUCGAAUUCGACACCCUCAUGUCCGCCCUCUCCCGCCAGCGCCACGGCAAGUCGCCCAGUAGCACUGACUUCUCAACACCCGAAGACGAAGUCUCACGCAUUAAGAGCCAAGACAGCCGGCGUGUUUACCUCUCUGACGUUAUGAUAAACAGUGAGCAUGAAAACGCUGAGCUCCCGCAUCCGUUCGAUCUCGAGCGGUGCAGGAUGGCGUUAUCACGCCCAUGGCCCCAUAUAGAGGCGACCUCGCAGACAGAUAUGUGGUGGCGGCUUGAGGUCAUGUCGUGGUAUGAGGACUGGGGUGUAAUGUCAAGUUUACCGAAGAGUAAGUCGGCGGUUAGGAAGGAGGCGAGGAUGCUGGUAGCUUCGAAUAUGCCGGGAACAAUGGAGAAGGUUGUGGGUAUGCUCAGGAAGGGGAGAACUGCCUAUAAGGAGUUCCGGGAGCAGCGAAAGCAGGAGAGGAAGGAGCGAGAGAAGGAGAAGGAGGAACAGGCGAGAGAGUUGGAGGCCCAUAAAAGGGUUUGUGGAUCGCGUACAUGUGGACGGUGCCGUGGUUGGCGGAGGAAGAAUUUCUUGGCACAUAAAAAGGUUUGUGAGAAGUGUUCGCGUGGGGAAAAAUGUGGGGAGUGGAAAUAA